AUGUCUCCCAAGGGCCCCUUCCGUCUCGUGACUGUCAACACUGCGCCUGAGCGCGCCAAGCGCCUCAUCGGCCGCGUCGCCGAGGCUUUGAGCGACCGCUACACCAUCGAGCACGUCGCCAACUGCGAGAGUAUCGCAGAGGUCGAGGGCAAGGUCAAGGAGUUCAAGCCUGACGUUCUGUUCAGUGCCUCCAUGUGGUCCGACGAGCAGGCCAAGGAGAUUCACGACAUCGCCCGGUCGAUCAAUCCCGAUAUCAAGCUGCACGCCAUCCCCGAGGGUCUGCAGGUCGAGCGUGGCCCCGAUGCCAUCGUCGAGUACCUCUGCGAGAAGGUCCCUCCGCUUCUGGACAACUAG